UUGACAUUAGCAACCAAACCCUAGCGCUCGGACCUUCAUACUAAGGUUAGCUGUUAUGUUAGCUAGCAAGGAGUUUACAACACCAUAACACGUCAAGGUAACUAAUAUAUGCGAUAUAACGUGGUUUAUUUUUAUAAAAAAUGGACUCAAAUUCGUUGUUCUAUUCUUUGGAACUGGUCGCCGGUAGCGGAAAUACUUUAAACGUUGAGCAAAGAACCGCUUUGCAGACUUCCCUGGUCAUCCUGAAGAAAAACUACAAGUUCCAUCGAGUCUUGUUUUGGGGCAAAAUAUUGGGAUUAAAGGAGGAUUACUUCAUCGCUCAGGGGAGAGGAGAAGAUGAGAUGAAGGAUAAAAAGACUCUUUAUAGCUUCAACUGCAUGGACUGGAUGCUGCUCGCCCCCGCCACAGACUCUGUGAUCGAGGAGGUGUCCAAAACGGCUAAGGGUCGCUUCGUAGGAGACCCCUCAUAUGUGUAUGAGCAUGUUGAGAUCCACAGGCCAGGAGGGAGGGAUGAUGCUAUACAGGAGGAGGAGGUGGUGACCAAAGUGAAUGAGGAGAGCAGGCUGGCUGUCACGGUUCACCGGAUCGAUGAGGAAGCAUCUGUGGCUCCGCGUGGCGCCUACCUCAAGAGUCCUCAUGGCCUCGUCCAGAUCAACCGCAGCUUUGGUGGUCUUUCUCACUCAGAAGCUGGGAAGCUGGACAACUUCCUCCACUUCAGCAAAGCCAAGAAUCUGAAGAAGAAAUCCAUCCUGGAAAUGGGCGAAUUAAACCCAGCCAUCGACUUCAUGGAUGUGCUGAGUGACGACAUUCCUAAAGGGUCGUGGAGUCUCCAGCUGGAAUGUGCCAGCAGAGUGCUGGUGCUGCGCAGCCUGCUUUGGCCCGGCCUGACCUUCUUCCAUCUGCCAACGACCCCGCAGCACGGACACAUCUAUAUCGGUGAUGGCAGGAAGAAUCUGGACCUUCCCUUCAUGCUAUAAAAAGAUCUUACACAUAUUUACAAAUUCUCCACUUCUGUCGUUCACAUUUCACAAAUUGUAUUUUAAGUUAAUUAUUCCAGUUCCAGACAUUUUGUUGCUUCUACCUUUAAACAAAUAAACUCAAGAAAGCCCAGUCAUGCAGUUUGUGUCUGCAAGCUUUUGGUUCUGUUUAGUUGCUAGCUGUUUCUAUACAGUAAACACAGGUUGAGAGGCCGAGUAAUCACACAUUUUAUUUGCACAUUUGAAUAUA